AUGAAGUACCUUUCCCUCCUCGUUGUCGCCGUCUUGGCCUUCGGCUCGACUGCUGACGCCGGCACUUUCAUCUCCAACAGCCACAACAAGGCUAACUCCAUCCCUGAAAAGUACAUCGUCGUUCUCAAGGACUCCAACGCUGUCAAUUCGUUCGAGCCCAAAUUCAACCAGCUCUCGCGCCGCAUCCAGAACGGCCGCAGCCGUGACGGCAAGGCCCCUAAGGCCCCCAAGAUCGGCCGCCGCUUCAAGAACAUCCCCGGUUUCACCGUCGAGGGUGACCGUGCUGCCCUUGAUGAGCUCCUCAAGCUCGACGAGGUCGAUUACAUCGAGCAGGACUCGAUCGUUUCCAUCGUCGGCACCCAGCAGUCGCCCCCCUCCUGGGGUCUCCCCCGUGUCUCCCAGCGCGGUCGUGUCGCCCAGGGUACCUCGUACAAGUAUGCCAACACUGCUGGAGCUGGUGUGACCGCCUACGUUGUCGAUACCGGUAUUAACACCGCCCAUGCCGACUUUGGCGGCCGUGCCAAGAUGGGCAACAACUUUAUCCAGGGCUCGCCCAACACCGAUGAGAACGGUCACGGUACCCACGUCGCAGGUACCAUCGGAGGAAACUCGUACGGUGUUGCCAAGAAGGUCAACCUCGUCGGUGUCAAGGUUCUCAACCGUCAGGGCUCUGGUUCCACCUCUGGAAUUGUCGCAGCUCUUGACUGGAUCGUCAGCGUCAACAAGGGCAAGAAGGCCGUCGUCAACAUGUCUCUUGGUGGUGGUGCCUCCCGCGCCUUGAACGAUGCCGUCGGCCGCCUUUACCGUGCCAACAUCCCCGUCAUUGUCGCCGCCGGUAACGACGAGAACGUCAACGCCUGCUCUGGUUCCCCCUCCGGUGCCCCCCAGGCCCUGACCGUCGGUGCAUCGGAUAUCAACGAUAACAUUGCCUCCUUCUCGUCCUUCGGCAAGUGCGUCAAGAUCUUUGGCCCCGGUGUCCAGAUCACCUCUGCCUGGAUUGGAUCCAAGACUGCCCGCAACACCAUCUCCGGAACCUCGAUGGCCACCCCCCACGUUGUCGGUGUCGCCGCUUUGUACAUUGGCUCUGGUAAGGCCAAGAACGCUGCCCAGGUCUACACCACCCUCCAGUCGACUGCCACCAAGAACGCCGUCAAGGGCCGUCUCCGUGGUGAGGCCAACCUCUUGGUCUUCAACGGCGGUGGAAAGUAA